CACAUUUGUUAUGCGUAGGCUAAACUCACUCAUUCAUUUCUUCUUCUUUUACUCAAAUACAGGCUCAUUGACAAAUCAUCAACAAAAAAUGACAUAAUCAGCAGAAAGGGGAUUCAGUGUGAAAUUCAUCAACAAGAAUAGAGAUUUAGUGAACACAACAAAACUCUUGUGGCAAUUCCCCAACAACAUCAUCAUCCAGUUCAAAAUCAUGUAUUUGUCAAUAGUUGGACAAUAUUCAACAAAAUUGUUCGUUUUCUUCAAUUGUCUUUUUAUUGUAAGCGAUAAUUUCCAUUGAUUUGUUUCUCUGUUGUUCUAUUCAUUUCAUUCUUUAUGAUGCAAUAUAGACAAUUGGCAGUAUUGUGGUUGUAUACGGCAUGAAACUACCAACCAAUCUAUUUGGAUAUAAGAGGAUUUUACAAGCAACUACACCACCCAUCUUCCUAACUGCUACUUUCUCAGGAAGUCUUGGUAUAUUAGCUGCAUGCAUCAGAAUAUUAGCAAUAUUGAGUGAAAGAAACAUGAUCAUGUAUCUGCAUCUAUGUACUUUGACCAUUGUAAUACUUAUGGAAAUAGGCAUAGCAUCGACAUCCUGUUUAAUGAACGAUCAAUUCUUCACUGAAGCUCAUAGUUCGUUAAAUACGAAUGUUAAACAAUAUUGGACAAAUCUUCGUUAUCAAAUAGAAUUUGAUGAUUUACAAACAACAUUCCGUUGUUGUGGGGCUGAUUCAUCCAACGAUUAUCCACAUGUUAAACAACUUCUACCGACUUCAUGUUUGGCUGGAAUAAAACCAUAUUCACUGGGAUGCAUUGAUGCAUUGAAUGAAUUUGUACAAUAUUACAAAAACAUUCUGAUCUAUUUAUGCUCCAGUUUUGGAAUAAUUCAUGGUAUCUACUUGAUUCUCUCAUUUGGGAUGGUUUGUAAAUGUAAACAUGGAAAAAUUCGAUCGACACAAACGCCUUGUUGAAAUAAAACGAAGACUACUGAUGAGGAUUGAAUCUCGGCCGAAAUUUCGCACAAAUAACACUUAAUUAUUGUUGGUAAAACACCAUUACACUUUUACAUAACACUUGUUUCAUCAAUUUGUAAUUUAUACAUUUUAUUUAUGUAAUAAAUCGCACAAAGAUUACAGAGUUACUUGGUGAAAUUUAAAAACCAUAGUCUUACACUUUGUUUGCAAAAACGUUCAUUAGUUGUUUCAGACUUUAUUGUUCCUGCAUUACCAUACCAUUUACUUUCUUUUCCCGUUCUUGCCUUCUUGAUCUUCUCAAUCUUCUGUUGCCAGACAUUCUCUUUCUGACUCGCGUUAUAUACUACUUAUGUCGUUAUAAGUAGCACACUCCAUAAGACUCGUAUAAUUUGUAGCAUCUUCACCUAUUUAAGCCAGAAAUAUAUUUCACUCUAAUGAUAGAACUACAUUCAUAGGAUGGAUUCACUGAUAACAUUUAAUAGUUGUGUUAGUGAAUAUCAUAAUAUUUGCGGCCUGCUUGAUUAUCUGGGUUACCUGUUCCUGCUAUUUAGAUAUUUCAACAAUUUAUCUAUUUUUGUGUUUUAAAAUAUCAAUAUAUCUGGUAAUCAGUUGGGCUAUUCAAGUGCUUUUAUGGAAAGUUUACAAUCUUUCCCUGUAAAAGUUACAAAAGUGCCUAGUCAGAGACAUCGGGGUUGUUAAGAAUAUGCAGUGAAAAGUAUGUACAUUAUUCAGUUGUCGAUUCCUAAAAUGCUAACCUCUAACUGGCGACCACUCAAUAUGUUAUUGUCCGAAUCGACCAAGAGUUAAGAAAAGUGACAAAGCUUACGUUCUACCAAGAAUAUAAUAUUGAAUGAAGCUAAUAAUAAUAAUAAUAAAAUUAUAGUAAUAAUAUUAAUGAAUAAAAUGUGACUUUCGCUUCCAGCUCAGAUAAUUCUUGGUUUUUACACCGAAAGGAAACAAUACAAAUCAGUGUGUUAUCGGAAAAUCCCGAAUUGUUAAAUGUGUACAUUUACAAAUGAUGUAUGGGACAGUAACUGGUAUAGCUAAUCAUAAAAAUCUCAUUAAUCAAACUCUGUUAAACUAAGUGAAGUUGAUUUGCUUAAGAAUGAUAUGUAGAAGUAGUCGAAUGUAUUAUACUAACUUGUAAUAUCCAAAACCAUCAAAUUCAUACGCUUACUUACCUACUCCUGUUACACCUCGUGGAGUAGCAUAGGUCACCCACCGAAAUUCUCCAACAAACGCUGUCCUUCGCUCUAGCUUAAAAUUGUUUUAAACUACUAUUAAUUCUUUUGAUGCCUGCCCCCGAUUCCCUAAGCAAUGUGUUUAUUGGUGGUGCGCUUUUCCUUUCACUUCAGAGCACCAAGUUUGCAGUUUGAUGAUUUCGGUAAUAUAUAUCCCACCCACCACUUCCAACAUCCUUU